UUACGGUUAAUCAACGACUUCCGCAACCACCCGAUGGCCGCUCUCAUGGCCAACAACCUGUCAGUGGUCAUCAGUUCGGACGACCGGACGACCUUUGACGCCGCCCCCUUGUCACAUGACUUCUACGUCGUGUUCCUCACGAUGUCCAGCGAGAUGGCGGACCUGACCCUACUGAAACAGCUGGCCAUCAACUCGAUCAAGUACAGCUCAUUAGAUCCCGCCCGUAAGGAGGCGGCCAUGAAACUAUGGCAGACCAAAUGGGACACUUUUGUCGGGGAGCCGCCCACCUCCGCCGCCCCUGUCCGGGCCAGCACCACUAAACAAAACAACGGCGCCAGUGGACUGCUGGCACCGUGGACCAGCUUCUUCCUGGGCACCAAGUUGGUCGUGUACCUGGGCAUCUCACGACUGUCAACUCUGUGACGUCAUUAGGUGGGGGAGUGGUACCUGGGCA